AUGGCAGAGUUCAAAACUGUCGAGGCUUUUGCGAAAGAUGGGCGCAGCGCGGAUCCCCGAAUCGUGUGUACCACAUCAUGCGUCCAUCACUUCGGUGUCUUCGAUCUAGAUCAUUUCAAUGGUGGCCAAGAAAUAAGAGGGAACGAUUACCACAACAACAAGCUAUAUUUGCAGAUAUGGCUCGCAGAGCUGCAGCUCCGUUGCCUCAAGCACCCGGAGUACUCUCAUAUCAGAAUCAACGGAGUCUAUCCCGGUUUUGUCGCUUCGGGAAUCUGGCACACAAACGACUUGAAGAGAAAUGGCAUCUCGAUGCGAGCUCUUGUACUCUUCUUACAUUAUGUCGCUAUCACUCCGCAACAGGGUAGUCUGGCAAUUACAAAUGCGGCAACCAGCCCGGAGUGUGGGCGGACUACUAGUGGUGGAAAAAUAUCUCAAUCGCAUUUGGGAAGCGCCGCCACAUUCCUAUUGUCAAGACUUAGAUACACGGUCCAAGUUGUGGAUUAA